CGGCUUGUCAGUCCCGUCGCCGCUAGGCAGGGGCGAGGCUGCCUUGAGGGGAUUUUGGUUGCCCGGGGCCCGUGUGAUAAUGAGAGCGCAGAGGACGCAGGGCUGCUGGAGGCGCAGGUAACGAAGCUGGGGUUCGGUGGAACCGCAGCAGGGCUUCUUCCGGGACCUGUGGUGCUGAAUGGAAAGGACUGAGGCGACGCCGAGCCGCGGCUCCUAGCGGCGGGGCCGCUGCCCGAGCUGCAGCUGCUAGACGAGGAUGUGUGGAGCCCGGGCGGCGCGGGGGAGCUGAGAGCCUUCGGGGCCCAGGGCUCCCAGGGCCCGGGAUGAGUUAGCGAGGGCAGCCGCGGGGGCCAGUUCCGACUACCACAGGCCGAAACGACAGCCACCGCCCGUCCACCGGCCGCUUCGUGCAGAAGCCGCUAGCUCCUUCCGCGCCCGCGUUGCCGGCCCUGGAGACCAUGAGGUUCCGCAUCUACAAGCGGAAGGUGCUGAUCCUGACCUUCGUGGUGGCCGCCUGCGGCUUCGUCCUGUGGAGCAGCAAUGGGCGACAAAGGAAGAACGAGGCCCUCACCCCGCCACUGCUGCAAGACGCCGAGCCCGCGCGGGGUGCGGGCGGCCGGGGUGGGGAGCACCCCGCUGUGUCCGUGGGCAUCCGCAGGGUCUCGAACGAUUCCGCGGCCCCGCUGGUGCCGGGGGCCCCGCAGCCGGAGGCGGACAACCUGACGCUGCGCUACCGAUCUCUCGUGUACCAACUGAACUUUGACCAGACGCUGCGAAAUGUAGAUAAGGGGGGCGCCUGGGCGCCCCGCGACCUAGUGCUGGUGGUCCAGGUGCAUAACCGGCCCGAAUACCUCAGGCUGCUGCUGGACUCGCUUCGGAAAGCGCAGGGCAUUGACAACGUCCUCGUCAUCUUUAGCCACGACUUCUGGUCGACCGAGAUCAACCAGCUCAUCGCCAGCGUGGAUUUCUGCCCGGUCCUGCAGGUGUUCUUUCCUUUCAGCAUUCAGUUGUACCCCAACGAGUUUCCGGGUAGUGACCCUAGAGACUGCCCCAGAGACCUGGAGAAGAAUGCAGCUCUGAAGAUGGGGUGCAUUAACGCCGAGUAUCCCGACUCGUUUGGCCAUUACAGAGAGGCCAAGUUCUCCCAAACCAAACACCACUGGUGGUGGAAGCUGCAUUUUGUUUGGGAAAGGGUCAAAGUUCUUAGGGACUACGCAGGCCUUAUCCUUUUCCUGGAAGAGGAUCACUACUUAGCCCCAGACUUUUACCACGUCUUCAAAAAGAUGUGGAAAUUAAAGCAGCAAGAGUGUCCGGAGUGCGACGUUCUCUCCCUCGGAACUUACACUGCUAGUCGCAGUUUUUAUGGCAUUGCUGACAAAGUAGAUGUGAAAACUUGGAAAUCCACAGAGCACAAUAUGGGUCUAGCCCUGACCCGGGAUGCAUAUCAGAAACUGAUUGAGUGCACAGACACUUUCUGUACUUACGAUGAUUAUAACUGGGAUUGGACUCUUCAAUACUUGACUGUAUUUUGUCUUCCAAAAUUCUGGAAAGUGCUGGUUCCUCAAGUUCCCCGGAUUUUUCAUGCUGGAGACUGUGGUAUGCACCACAAGAAAACCUGUAGGCCAUCCACCCAGAGUGCCCAAAUUGAGUCCCUUUUAAAUAACAACAAACAGUACUUGUUUCCAGAAACUCUGGUUAUCAGUGAGAAGUUUACUAUGGUAGCCCUUUCCCCACCUAGGAAAAAUGGAGGGUGGGGCGAUAUUAGGGACCAUGAACUCUGUAAAAGUUAUAGAAGACUGCAGUGAAAAAAAAUCACCAAAAAAGUGACAGUCUUCUGUUUUUGAUACUUGCCCAAACAGGAUAUACAGUUUUGAAUUAAUAAAAGGGUUUAGGAACUGG